GUUCUGGGGCUCCCUAGCGCGGCCGUGUGCGUGAUCCGCCAGGCAGCCUGCCCCCUUUCCCGUCCCCCUCGCUGAGGGGCUGCUGGGGAAGGGCCAGGUGUCUGUCCGGCCCGCCGCCGGGCGGGGGUGGGCCCGCCGGCCCCUGACUCGACUGCCUCACAGCUCCUGUGAGCUAAAGCGGUUUUCCCGAGAGCAGCCUUCGAUGCUUCGAUGGCUCUGUUAAAGGUGUUCGUCUUCAGUCUGACUCCCAAAAGCACUGCAUGCUUACGAGGCCUCCAUUUGAAGAUGGUGGGAAUUUCACCUGCUCAGUAUUUACGGAAAACGGGUUUUCAGCCAUUACAGCAUGAGAAGCAAAACGUAAAAGGCAGCAAAGACGAGCUCCUUCUUGAAAAUCUCAGUACUGACUUUAAAAUGUCCUUCUUUCACACUGUGCGUAUCAAAGUUAUCGAAAAGUCGGGAAGAAUAACCAUGUUAAUGGGUUAAGAAUCGCUCCUGUGCAGUUUAGCAUCCAUACUUGUGCCCUAAGUUCUGUUGAUAAAACGAGACAGCUCAUUGUAUGUAAAAUUAAACAUGCAUCCGAGUAUAGGAAUGCCAACGUCUUCGGUUGCCAAGACUUUAUUCUCAGAAGACCAUUCUUAUUCAAGAAUGGAAUGAGGGGGCAUAGUGCUUUUGCAUCUCUGUGAGUGUCUGUGUUUAUCACAGUCCUGGAUAAUUAAACUAAUGGCCAAGUCCAGCAGGGUGUUGUUUCUAGCUCUUUUGUAUUGUAUGGGUUGCGCUAAUGAUCAAGUAUAUUGCAUGUCAAAGGAAGGAUAUCUCAUGUUGAGGAGAAUAGUCUGUAGAAUUGGUCUUUAUGUUUCAGGCAUUGAAAACCUCCCUUGUGAACUGCAAAGAAACUUCCAGCUGAUGCGCGAGUUGGAUCAGAGAACAGAAGGUGUGUUCAGAUAAGAAAGCAGAAAUUGACAGUCUUGCAGCAGAAUACAUCGAAUCAGUGAAGAACAUGUUGCCCGAAGAGCGAGUAGAACACCUGAAAAAAAUUCAGAGUGCUUACAGCAAAUGUAAAGAGUACAGCGAUGAUAAAGUGCAACUGGCCAUGCAGACCUAUGAGAUGGUAGAUAAGCAUAUUCGCCGGCUGGAUGCAGAUUUGGCACGGUUUGAAGCAGAUCUGAAAGAUAAACUGGAAGUCAGUGAUUUUGAAAACCCUGGAGCACGAGGCUUGAAAAAAGGACGAAGUCAGAAAGACAAAAGAAGCUCUCGGGGUCGAGGCAGACGAACAUCUGAAGAAGACACACCAAAGAAAAAGAAACUCAAAGGAGGAUCUGAGUUUGCUGAUACCAUCCUGUCAGUGCAUCCCUCAGAUGUCCUAGACAUGCCAGUGGAUCCCAAUGAACCUACCUACUGCUUGUGUCACCAGGUGUCAUAUGGAGAAAUGAUUGGCUGUGACAACCCAGAUUGCCCAAUUGAAUGGUUCCACUUUGCUUGUGUAGACCUCACCACCAAACCAAAAGGGAAGUGGUUUUGUCCACGUUGUGUUCAAGAGAGAAAGAAAAAGAAGUAAGGAGUACAGGGAAUACAUCCUCUGAGUGUAACGUCUCAAAUGUGUCAGACCAACUGAACUGAUCUGGGUGAUAACUGUCCUAUUCAGAACAUAUCAGCAUGGAGGCUCUACCAAUUGUCACAGGCUCAAGAGCAUUUGGUGGCUGUUUACAUCUGAGUUUAGAGAUUUUUGGCUCUGUUUUAAAUGGAAAUACCAAUAGCCUUCAUUUUUGGUCACUAAGGAAUUGAAAUCUUUCUCCUGAAUUUUGAAUGUACAGUGUUAAAUAUACUUUUAUGGAGAAGGAUGAACAAGGCUGUGAUAUGUGAAGGAAUGUUCCACUAAAGAUUGUCAAGAUACUUAUAUACUUUGUGGUGUUCAGCUUUAUUGCAGUUCAUCCAAACUGGACGUAAAAACAACCGUUAACCUGAUUGUUUUAUUUUUUAAAGGAGUUAGAUCUAUAUUCCCUUUGUAAAUGGAAGAGAAUAUAACUCUUUUUAUUAAAAAAAAAAAAAGUAAAGUAAAAAAUGUAUAUCUGUAUUUUUGGA